UCUAAGCCCAGUCCAACCCAACGCAGCCUCCUAAUUCAAAACAAGCACAGAAAAACACUGGGAAACGCUUUAUUUGUAAGAGGGCAGUCUCCACCAGCGGACUCUGAGCUGACGUCACUCGCCGCUGCACAGUUUGGCCUCCUGCACAGGGAAAAGGCUGGACAGGGAAGAUACUUUGUGAGGAAUCUGAUCCACAGCUUCUCUAAACAGAUCCUGCCACAUUGGUGUGCUUGCUGCCUGUCAUGUGGCACCUUCACACACGGACCCGCAGGAAACUAGAGCGCUGCGCGGGCUCCCGAUAACCCGGAUUCUGAUUGGCUCUUCCAGCCCAAGACUCCGCCCCUCCCAGCACUCCCUGAUCUGACCCCGCCCAUCUGAGCCAGAACAGCAUCUGCUUCGACCCACACACACCACACCGGUUGCACUGCUGGGCUAUUCACAGAUGUCUACCUCACGCUUAAAGGGACUUUCACUACCACAGCGACCCUGAACUAGCAACACCAUGACCUCCAGCAUAGACCGAGAUGAUAGCAGCAUUUUUGAUGGGUUGAUGGAAGAAGAUGAGAAAGAUAAAGCUAAACGAGUGUCCAGGAACAAGUCGGAGAAGAAGCGCAGAGACCAGUUUAAUGUGCUCAUUAAGGAACUGGGCACCAUGUUGCCCGGCAACACACGCAAAAUGGACAAGUCCACCAUCCUGCAGAAAAGCAUCGACUUCCUGCGCAAGCACAAAGAAAUUGCUGCGCAGUCUGAGUCCAGUGAGAUCAGGCAGGACUGGAAACCCCCGUUCCUUAGCAAUGAGGAGUUUACACAGCUGAUGCUGGAGGCGCUGGAUGGCUUCUUCCUGGCGAUAAUGACAGAUGGGAAUAUAAUCUAUGUGUCAGAGAGCGUUACCUCCUUACUGGAACACCUCCCUUCGGACCUGGUGGACCAGAACCUGUUGAAUUUUCUCCCACUGGGAGAGCACUCGGAGGUGUACAAAGUCCUCUCCACUCAGAUGCUGGAGGGCGAGACCCUAACCCCUGAGUAUCUGAAAACUAAAAACCAGCUGGAGUUCUGCUGCCACAUGCUGAGGGGGACCAUCGACCCCAAAGAGCCGCCCGUGUACGAGUAUGUCAAGUUCAUCGGGAACUUCAAAUCCCUCAACAAGGUGUCCAACUCCACGCGAAACGGGCUAGAGGGAGUGAUCCAGCGCUCGCUGUGUCCUGCCUUCGAGGACCGCGUCUGCUUCAUCGCCACCGUCAGACUUGCCAAGCCGCAGUUCAUCAAGGAGAUGUGCACAGUGGAGGAACCCAAUGAAGAAUUCACCUCCAGGCACAGCUUAGAAUGGAAGUUUCUCUUUCUGGAUCACAGGGCUCCCCCGAUUAUUGGUUACCUGCCGUUCGAGGUUCUGGGCACAUCUGGCUAUGAUUACUACCAUGUGGAUGACCUGGAAACCCUGGCAAAAUGCCACGAGCACUUGAUGCAGUAUGGGAAAGGGAAGUCCUGCUACUACAGAUUCCUCACUAAAGGACAGCAGUGGAUCUGGCUGCAGACUCACUACUACAUCACCUACCACCAGUGGAACUCGCGCCCCGAAUUCAUCGUCUGCACCCACACCGUCGUGAGCUAUGCAGAGGUGCGGGCGGAGCAGCGCAGAGAGCUGGGCAUUGAGGAGUCUCCCCCUGAAACAGCUGCAGAGAAGCAGAGUCAGGACUCGGGCUCUGAGUCUCAGCUAAACACCUCCAGCCUGAAGGAGGCGCUGGAGCGCUUUGACCACAGCCGCACCCCCUCCGCUUCAUCCCGAAGCUCGAGGAAGUCCUCCUCCCAUACAGCUGUGUCUGACCCCGCCUCGACUCAGACGAAGCUGCUGACAGACCAGAGCACGCCGCCGCGGCAGUCCCUGUCGGCGAUUGAGAUGACCUCACAGCGGAGAUCGUCCAUAAGCAGCCAGCAGUCUAUGAGCUCCCAGAACACAGGUCAGAAUCUGGCGCAGCCGAUGAUCUCCCAGCCUCAACCCCAGCAGCAGGUGCAGCCCAGCGUUCAGUUCUCCGCCCAGCUGGGCGCCAUGCAGCACCUGAAAGACCAGCUGGAGCAGAGGACCAGGAUGAUCGAGGCCAACAUCCAGAGACAGCAGGAGGAGCUGCGCAAGAUCCAGGAGCAGCUGCACAUGGUGCAGGGCCAGGGCCUCCACAUGUUCUCCCAGCAGGCGGGCGGGGCUUUGAGCCUGAGCUCUGCCCUCACCAUGCAGGGCCAGGUCCUCCCGGCGGCCGCGCUCGGGGGCAGCCUGGCGCCCGCCCACGUCGGCACGCCGCACACCAUACAGCAGCAGCAGCAGGCCCAACCCCAGCAGCAGCAGGCUCCGCCUCAAGCACAGCAGGCCACACCCCAAAACCUCCUGCGAGAACAGAGCUCCACCCAUACGCAGCAGUCUCAACGGCCCUCCAGCGCGCUGCCCGCAUCUCUCUAUAACACCAUGAUGAUCUCCCCUCCCGGCUCGGCCAGCGUGGUCCAGAUCGCCACCAGUCUGGCGCAGAGCAACAGCCAGAGUGGUGCUGUGGCAACCUUCACCCAGGACCGGCAGAUCCGGUUUCCCGGAGGGCAGCCCCUCCUGACGAAGCUGGUGACCGCUCCGAUGGCGUGCGGCGCAGUCAUGGUUCCCACAACGAUGUUCAUGGGGCAGGUGGUGACGGCGUACAACACGUUUGCCCCGCAGCAGGGCCAGGCGCAGGCCAUCAGCAUCACGCCCCAGCAGCAGCCUGCACAGGGGUCGCAGACGCAGUCCGCAACACCGCAGCCCGGACAGCCGACUGCGCAGAUCGCUCAGCAGCCGCAGCAGUUCCUACAGGCGCCGCGGCUGCUGCAGGGCAGCCAGUCAACACAGCUGAUCCUGCAGGCGGCGUUCCCGCUGCACCAGCAGAGCAGCUUCACUGCUACACAGCCGCAGACUCAGCAGCAGCCGCAGCAGCUGGCCUCUCACAGGACUGACAGCCUGUCGGACCGCUCCAGUGCCCAGCCCCAGUAACCCCCCAACCUGGACUAACCCAAACAUCAAUGCAGUAUUGGGACUGUACCUCGGUG